AUGGCAGCGUGCGCGCGCGAGGGCGGCUGGCGGCGUGACAGGGUCUCAGCCGCCAGCCUGACGUGUGCCAUCUGCGGCGACAGGGCCACGGGCAAGCACUACGGCGCCCACUCCUGCGACGGCUGCAAGGGCUUCUUCCGCCGCUCCGUCAGGAAGAAUCACACGUACAGCUGCAGGUUCAAUCGCGGAUGCACAGUCGACAAGGACAAAAGAAACCAAUGCCGCUAUUGCAGACUGAGGAAGUGUAUAAGGGUUGGAAUGAAAAAAGAUGCUGUUCAAAACGAGAGGGACAGAAUCAGCACCCGAAGACUCAGUUACGACGAAGGGGGAGGAGCUAGUGGUAUGGCGCUGUCCACGAUACUCAACGCUGAACACCUUUCUCGGCAGUUCUCGCCAGCGGUCGGUGAUGUGAACGUCAUGAACAAAACAGUCGCCGGCGUGAUGGACGUGUGUGAGAGCAUGAAACAGCAGCUCCUGAUCCUGGUGGAGUGGGCCAAGUACAUCCCCUCCUUCUGUGAGCUCGUUCUCGAUGACCAGGUGGCGUUGCUCCGAGCCCACGCCGGGGAACACCUACCUGGGGCGGCUUUCCGUUCCAUGAACCUCCAGGACAUGAUCUUGCUGGGGAACGACUGUAUCAUCCUUAGGAACUCUUCAGAGGUGGAGAUCAGUCGCAUCGGACAGCGGAUCAUGGACGAACUCAUCAAGCCGCUCAGGCAGGUACAGCUGGACGAAAAUGAAUACGCCUGCCUUAAGACCAUCGUUUUCUUUGACCCGCGUGAGCAUAACUCAUCCGAGGACUCCGAGACGUGGUGGCGCGUGAAGGCCCUCAGGUACCAGGUGCAGCUCCUCCUCGAGGACUACAUCAACGACCGCCAGUUCGAGUCCCGCGGGAGGUUCGGCGAGAUCCUGCUCACCUUGCCCGCCCUCCAGUCCAUCACCUGGCAGAUGAUUGAGCAGAUUCAGUUCGCCAAGCUCUUCGGCGUCGCCAGGAUCGACAACCUUCUGCAGGAGAUGCUGCUCGGUGCAGGAGCAGGAAGCGACGGCGCCAACGGGCUGACGGGCGGCUCGGGCGGCGCUACGGCGGCGGCGACGGCGGGAUCGGCGUGGGCGUGCCGGCCCUCCCCCGGGCGGCGUGGGCCUCCGAUCCCCUGGGCGCGGCCACGGCGGCCGGAGGGAGCGUCCCCGUCGGCAUGAACAACAACCACGAGAUCCCUGUGUCCGCGGCGGCGCUGGAGGCGGCCGGGCUCUCGGCCUUCGGCGGCGCCACGAACGGACACCUCGAAGGGGGCUCGAGGACCACGUCCAAGGAGGACCAGCGGCCGCGCCUCGACAGAACCUUCAAGCAGGAGGACACGGACACGAACUUCGACAUAUGACUAAACAUGUGCGAGCAAUUUAUGCAUUAAACGCCUCUCUCUCUCUCUCUCUCUCUCUCUCUCUCUCUCUCUCUCUCUCUCUCUCUCUCUCUCUCUCUCUCUCUCUCUCACUCACUCAC